AUGGUAACCACAAAACGGAAUAAAGAGUUUUGCCAAAAAGUUCGGCUAAAAUCAACGCAGGUGUUCAUUGUGGCCGGAACGUGUUUAAUAACAGUUUUGGUCACUUUGCUUUGCAUUGGCUUUAUGACCAGGUACGAAGUGGAUAACGAGGUGGCCAACGUGGCGGAUGUGGAUUAUUGGAAGGACAAGGUGGCAUCGUCGCAGAAAAUCUGGUAUGACAAAGGCAUUGAUGAGCUCAACGAGGCACUGAGAACUCCAAGGGGACCUAUUUAUCCCAAAAAUUUGAGAAUAUUUCUGAUUCAGGGUGUCGAUGGCCGAGAUUUGGCUGCUUAUCGGUUUUCGGGUAAAGAUUUAAGCAAUGGAAAUACCAACUUUGUUUGGGAUAAGUUUCCCCAUUUUGCUCGAUUGAAAAACACCUGUAGUCAACAAUUUCCUUGCCCGAUUUCAAGUGUUGCCAAAUCUUUAUGGACGGGAAUACCUUUGGAUAAAAUCCCAGAAGCUCAACCAGAUUGUGGUAACUUAGUCAACGAAACUGAAACCCCAUUUAGUGUUCUUCGCCAGGCACAAUUGGCUGGUUUACUAACUGGUUUUGUUACCACUCAAAGGUUUACAGGAUCCACAGGAGCUGCUUUAGGAAACACAAACAGCAACUACGAAUGCGAUGAAAGAAUGCCUUUGGGAUCCUUAAAAUCAGGUUGUCAGGAUAUAGCUCGUCAACUGAUUACUGGUGAAACUGGUAAAUCCCUGAAUGUAAUAAUCGGAGGUGGCAGACAAAUGCUGAGUUCUCUAGUGCCCAAAUCCAUAUCAGAUCCUGUGGAUGAACUCCUUUGCGAAUCCAAUGAUGGACGCAAUUUACUUAAAGAGUGGAGGAACCAAAAACUCAAGGAGAGCAAAGUUAAGCCUAUAAAAUUUGAAUUGGUUCAGCGAGCUGAUGAAUUGGAGUCCUUGAAUGCCAGCAAUUUUGACUUUCUGUUUGGUGUAAUGGCAAACGGAGACUUAAGUGGAAAUUCCAAUGCACCAAGUCUUAAAUUAAUGGUGGAAAAAUCACUACAAGUGCUGAAGAAGAAAAAUCAAGGCUAUCUACUUAUUGUUGAACAGUUUAUUCAAUCGGGCAUGAACAAAAGAAAGGAACUACAACUUCUAAAUGAAACUUUGACUAAUCUUAAAAGAGAGGAGGAUACCCUUACUUUAGUUCUUUUGACUAAUGCCAUUUAUCCAAAACCAAUUCUGGAUAUGAGCGAAGAAACAGAAACAAUUAAUCAACUUUCGGAAACUUUUAAUGAGGCGGAAUUUCAAAUACAGGAAACACUUUACCAAAUGCCUUCGGAGAGCUUACUUUUUGCAAUUGGGCCCAAGUCUUCCAUUUUUCAUGGUGUUCAAAAAGAAACCUUCAUUGCACAUGCUGUUUCCCAUGUCCUUAGCAAAAGUAGUCCAAAAACUUAACAUAUUUUAGGAGGUACUCAUUAAUAGUUUUUGCUGUUGAAAAAAAAAUCAAGGGAGGCCAAACCAAAGAAAUGUUAAAUUAUGUGUAAAUAUUUCAAGGCUGAAAGGCUUUUAUUAAAA